AACAUUUUCCCUCGCCCGCUCCCCCCCGAAAGCUUCCACCUCCGCCAAACCUCCUGAUCCUACCCCAUCCUUUCUCUCUCACCACCCACGAACCCUCACAUCACACCGUGUUUCCGCCUUCUCCCUCCACAACCGCCCAUCAUGUCUGUCCCUGCCUUCUCCGACAUCGCCAAGCCGGCGAACGACCUUCUCAACAAGGACUUCUACCACCUGUCCGCCACCACUUUCGAGUUCAAGGACACAGCCCCCAAUGGCGUUGCCUUCAAGGUCACUGGCAAGUCGAGCCACGAGAAGGCCACCUCGGCUGCUAUCGAGGGAAAAUACACCGACAAGCCUACUGGCGUCACCUUGACCCAGACCUGGAACACCGCCAACGCCCUCGACACCAAGCUCGAGGUCAGCGACUCGCUCGCCAAGGGCCUGAAGCUUGAGGGUCUCUUCAACUUCCUGCCCGCCACCGCCGCCAAGGGUGCCAAGUUCAACCUCAUGUUCAAGCAGCCCGGCUUCCACGGCCGCGCCUUCUUUGACCUGCUCAAGGGCCCCACCGCCAACGUCGACGCCGUCGUCGGCCACGAGGGUUUCCUCGCCGGUGCCAGCGCCGGCUACGAUGUCAACAAGGCUGCCGUCACUGCCUACAGCGCCGCCGUCGGCUACGCUGCUCCUCAGUACAGCGCUGCCAUCACCGCUACCGACAACCUGAGCGUCUUCGCUGCGUCGUACUACCACAAGGUCAACAGCCAGGUUGAGGCCGGUGCCAAGGCCACCUGGAACUCUAAGACCGGCAACACUGUCGGCCUCGAGGUCGCCAGCAAGUACCGCAUCGACCCUGUCUCCUUCGCCAAGGUCAAGAUCAACGACCGCGGCAUUGCUGCCCUCGCCUACAACGUCCUCCUCCGCGAGGGUGUGACCCUGGGCCUCGGCGGCUCCUUCGAUACCCAGAAGCUCGACCAGGCUACCCACAAGCUCGGUGCUAGCUUCACCUUCGAGGGUUAAGCAGCUUCAUUGCAAAUCUAGCAACUCCUUUCUUGCCCUGCUAGGACCCCAUCCCCCAAAACGGUUGCUCUCACGCGCAACUCUGUAUCGUACUAGAGCUUUUGCAUUCGGGUGGCUCACUCCGUAUGUAGAUGUAUGAAGAUUAUGUGAGAAGUCAAUACCAAAUGCCCAGUUCCGGUGGAUGCGAAGCCUGUGCGCCUAUGUGAUGUGCGAGGGCAAUGGUCAUACUGAAAAUGCCUUGAGGCAUUCUUGUAUAUUGUCUUGUGGCGCCCGUGAAAAUGGGCACCGAAUCUCUAUCAAUCAAAUAUGCUAAUGUGACAUGAAGCCCCCAAAUUGCGCCUUUAUUCGAGUAUGAAUCUUAUGCCGCCAGUGCGUCAAGACUCUCGUUCCUUCUUGCGCCUUCCCAAGCGCAUGAACUGCAGGUAUAUGAAGGGGGCGAGGAAGGUCGCGCCGAGGAUGCCCGCGACGAUGAGGAAGUGGCCGGCGAGGCUCGUCUGGG